AUGCUGCACUCAGAGACGAGCCCUUUCCCCUCAGCCCUCGUUCUCGGUCUCUACGUCCUCGGCAUGAAGGCUGACGCGGAUGCUCCCACACGAGAAAAUAGCUACGAGCCCCUGGCUGACCUGGAUUGGUGGGAUCUGGGUGAUGUGGCCGUGGAAGGUAGUCCAUAUCAUGGCAUGGGAAUUGACCUGUUGCCAGAGGCGGACGUCAUUGCGCAUAAGGGAGAUCUAACUUUCGACGGCAUCCCUCUCACCGGAGGGUAUGCUUCGGCAAGGCAAAUUCUUGCUCACUUUGCCAACCUCUUGGAUGAUGUGGGUAUGUGGUGUAGCUCGGAUGUCUGUGGAGUUCUCUAUAUCAUUGCAGACGCCCUCACGGAAGAUGGAGUUGACGAUAGGACCAACGACCCCGUGGUCUUUCAAAACUACUAA